GUAUCUUUUUACUCUUCAAAUAAAGAAGGAUUUGGCUCUAGGACGACUUCCAUGCAGUGACAACUGUACAGCGUUGAUGGUAUCUCACAUCUUACAAUCGGAACUGGGAGACUUUCAUGAAGAAACAGAUAGGAAACAUCUGGCACAAACCCGCUACUUACCGAACCAAGAUGAUUUAGAGAGCAAGAUUGUGCACUUCCAUCAGAAGCACGUCGGCAGGAGCCCAGCCGAAUCUGACAUUCUGCUACUGGACAUAGCGAGGAAGCUGGAUAUGUAUGGCAUCAGGCCACACCCCGCCAGUGAUGGCGAAGGGAUGCAGAUCCACCUGGCUGUUGCCCACAUGGGAGUACUGGUAUUACGGGGAAAUACAAAGAUCAAUACUUUCAACUGGGCUAAAAUCCGCAAGUUGAGUUUUAAGAGAAAGCAUUUUCUCAUCAAAUUGCAUGCCAACAUCUUGGUGUUGUGCAAGGAUACCUUGGAGUUCACCAUGGCCAGCCGAGACGCCUGCAAGGCCUUCUGGAAGACUUGUGUGGAAUACCAUGCUUUCUUCAGACUUUCUGAAGAGCCCAAAUCAAAACCCAAAACGCUACUCUGUAGCAAGGGUUCCAGUUUCCGCUACAGCGGAAGAACCCAAAGGCAACUUUUGGAAUACGGGAAAAAAGGGAGGUUGAAGAGCUUGCCAUUUGAAAGGAAACAUUACCCAUCUCAGUACCAUGAACGACAGUGCCGGUCCUCACCAGACCUCCUCUCUGAUGUGUCAAAACAAGUGGAAGACUUGAGACUAGCGUAUGGCAGCGGGUACUACCGAAAUGUGAACGGAGUGCACGCAUCUGAGCCCGUGCUGGACAGCAGGAGGAGGAACUCUGCAGUAGAGGUGACAUUCGCAGCCGAGCUGGAGCGGUCUAAACCAGAGGCGGAUCCCACUUCGUUACAUCAGUCCCAGAGCAGUUCCUCGUUCCCUUUUUUUUAUACAGACCCUGUCUUUAACACUGACCCGGAUCCUGCCACUGGUCCCAGAGACUACUUUGAGGAAAGGAGUCCUCUAAGCUCCUUCCAAACGAGCUGUAAGUUUGCUAACAAUCACAUGGGCACAGCUUCUGGCCUUCCAAGCAAAGUGAGUCCAGCGAGGCAGUUAACUUACACAGACGUGCCCUAUAUUCCUUGUACUGGUCAGCAGGUUGACAUAAUGCCUCCUCAAGUCUUUUUUUAUGUGGACAGACCACCCCAGGUGCCCAGAUGGUCUCCCAUCAUGGCAGAGGAAAGGGAAAGGCCAGACAGCUGUCUAGAGCCCACUGCAAUGAAGCCAGCCAAAAGAAGCCCAAGGAACAUCAGAGUGAAGAGCUUUCAGCAAGACUUUCCAGAACGGCCGGAAGCUACGGCCAGGACUGCUGGUAGGAGCAACGUCAAUGUAGAUCUAGAAAAGGAAGAUGCCAAUUUAGAAGAUGCAUUUGCAUGUAACAUUCACGAGCAAACCCCUAAACGGUCCCAGAGCCAAUCAGACAUGAAAACUAUCCGUUUUCCUUUUGGGUCAGAAUUUAGACCUUUAGGGCCCUGUCCUGCUCUGAGUCGUAAAGCUGACCUGUUUACAUAUAUGUUUGCAGAGCAGGAGUUUCCAACAGUUCUAACGGAUCAAGGAGCAGCAGAAAGGUAUGUAGCUAGUGAAUCCAGUGAUUCUGAAUCAGAGAUUCUUAAACCAGACUACUACUCUUUGUAUGGCAAAGGAAUAAGGUCCCCCGUGGCCAGAAUCCGCUUGUCUUCUGGUAGUCUACAGCUAGAUGAAGAAGAUGAAGUUUCUUUCAGUACACCAACUGCUGAAGACAGGACUUUGCUAAAACCAUGUAAUUACUUUUUAGCUUAAAAGUGUGAACUCUAUGAACUCAGGUAAAACAUAAGGAACCUUCUGCAUCAACCAUUUUCUUUGUCCCUUUUCAUUGGAAUCUUCUAGGCUUGGGCACCUAGCUUAUGAAAGAUCCAGCUCUUCUGUUCCCUCUGAAUCAUUCUGGAAAGUGUCCUUUCCUCACCAGCACUGUGGCCAGGUGAGGUGGGUAUCUUGUCAUUUCCAUGAUACAUUUCCCCACAGAGACACUGUAAAUGAAGCUCAGGGUGCUCAGCACUGAACAGUGACAGUACGGGUUGGCACAUAGACUUGGCUUCUGAUGUCAUUUAGUGAUUUAGUAGAUUGUGACUGUAUUGGUCAUUUUGUUCUUAGUACUAUGACUAAAGGUUUCAGGCCUCAUUAUUCAGGUGGGGCCCAGUAAAAAUGGUCCUGUUUUAUGUUAAAGACUUCAAUUUCCAUAACAUAUACUAGGGGGAGCAUGGCCCUCCUAUACUUCAGGAAUAAGACAGGGCAUAGAUCCUUUCAACAGAACAUGAGUUUAUAAUUAAUCUAGGACUUGGCAGAAUUCUAAACCUCAGAAAUUCAUGAAUUGAUCAACUUCUAAAGCCAGAUAUCUGCCUGAUGGGGAUAAUAUGAUGUUUGACUUAUUGCUUCUCUGUUCUUAACUAUCUAGUGUAUGUAGUGAAAGAUAAAAACUUACAUGUUGGUUUGCUUAUCUAAUCUCU